AAGUUGUUUCUUUUAAUGAUUUUUGUGAAGUUGCUAGAAGUUUAGAAAGGAAGUGCAGGCACAUUUCACAAAUCUACAAUCUUUGGCAGCACCAUCAUGACAUCACAACCUGUUCCCAAUAAGACCAUCAUAGUGCUCCCAUCAAAUGUCAUCAACUUCUCCCAAGCAGAGAAACCUGCAGCCACCAACCAGGGGCAGGAUAGCCUGAAAAAAUAUCUACAGGCAGAAGUCAAAGUUAUUGGGACUAUCCAGAUCUUGUGUGGCAUAAAGGUGUUGAGCUUGGGGAUUAUUUUGGCAUCUGCCUCUUUCACUCCAAAUUUUAAUCAAGUGAUUUCUACGCUGCUGAAGUCCGCUUACCCAUUCAUAGGACCCUUGUGUUUUAUCAUCGCUGGCUCUCUAUCAAUCACCACAGAGAAACGGUUAACCAUGUCUUUGGUACACGGCAGCCAGGCUGGAAGCAUUCUGAGCGCUCUGUCUGCUCUCAUGGGUUUCAUUCUCCUGUCUGUCAACCUGGCUGCCUUAAAUCCUGCCUUAUUGCAGUGUGAGUUGGACAAAAAUAAUAUGCCAACCAGCAGUUAUUAUUACCAUUAUGAUCCACUUGAUACCUCCUACUGCUAUACAGCUAAAGCCAGUCUGACUGGAACUCUGUCUCUGAUGCUGAUUUGCACUGUGCUAGAAUUCUGCCUAGCUGUGCUCACUUCUGUGCUGCGGUGGAAACAGGCUCACUUUGACUUCUCUGGGAGUGUGCGUUUCCUACCUCACAGUUACAUCAAUAAUUCUGGCAUAUCCUCAAAGAUGACUCAUGACCCUGGAUAUGAAGAACUAUUGAAUUCUUGAUAACACAGAAAACCUAACCAUUAUCAAAAGGCAAACUUAAGUUUCCUAAAUGUAAGCUUUUAAAGUAAUGAACAUUAAAAAAAAAAAAAAAAACAUUAUUUCACUAUCAUUUAAGGCAUGUGUUCACUGGAGAUCUCUUGAUUUGCCUGACAUUGACCCAGCAAAGGCACAGGCCUGCAAAUUACCAUUUACUAGACUAGUCAAAUAGUCAUAGACAUUUCCCAGAAAACUAAGCAGGAUGAUGAUUCCAAAAACACAGUGAAGCAAAGGAUGCAACUUUUUUUUUACCCCUGAAUUGUCAACAGGAGUUAACUGAUUCGUUGUGGUGUUUAGACUCCUUUGUCAUGGGUGCUAGUGUUUUAUCGCAUGUAUUUUACUCGUCAGUGUAUAAAGGCAAGACCCAUAUGAUGAAGCCUCAUGGUGUAUGGAAGUAGCUAGCUUCAAAAUAAAACCUUUGAGUGCAUAUUUCAUUUUAA